AUGCGUGUUUCUCGCCGUCUGAUGUUACUUCUCGCGGCGGUGGCGUUCGCCGUGACUGGGUUUGCGUCGCCGGAGUUUCACUCGUCGUUUGCGCAAUACGCAUCUGGUCCGGCCAAGAUUCUGACUCUGGAGAGAGCUUUUCCUCUCGACGAGCCAGUAGAGCUCAGUGAACUCAGGGCUCGUGACCGUGUCAGACACGCGCGAAUCUUACUGGGCGGUGGAGGAGGUCGACAAAACUCCGUUGGUGGUGUCGUCGACUUCCCUGUUCAAGGCUCUUCCGAUCCUUACCUUGUCGGGCUUUAUUUCACAAAGGUGAAACUGGGUUCUCCUCCUACAGAAUUCAAUGUUCAGAUUGAUACUGGAAGUGACAUCUUGUGGGUUGCUUGUAGUUCUUGCAGUAAUUGCCCUCACACUAGUGGACUUGGAAUCGAUCUCCAUUUCUUUGACGCUCCUGGUUCCUUGACUGCUGGCUCUGUUACUUGUUCAGAUCCUAUUUGUUCUUCGGUUUUUCAGACAACAGCAGCACAAUGUUCUGAGAACAACCAGUGUGGUUACUCCUUUCGAUAUGGCGAUGGAAGUGGGACUUCAGGUUACUACAUGACUGACACGUUCUAUUUUGAUGCGAUUUUGGGAGAGUCUUUGGUUGCAAACUCAUCUGCUCCCAUUGUUUUUGGCUGUAGUACCUAUCAAUCUGGGGACUUGACAAAGUCAGACAAAGCAGUGGAUGGUAUAUUUGGUUUUGGCAAGGGAAAAUUGUCAGUUGUUUCUCAGUUGUCAUCUCGAGGGAUUACACCGCCAGUGUUUUCUCAUUGCCUGAAAGGAGAUGGUAGUGGUGGUGGGGUCUUUGUCCUUGGCGAGAUAUUGGUCCCAGGAAUCGUUUACAGUCCUCUUGUCCCGUCACAACCUCACUAUAACUUAAUUCUGCUGAGCAUUGACGUGAAUGGACAGAUGCUGCCCAUCGAUGCAGCAGCGUUUGAAACAUCAAAUACCCGUGGAACUAUUGUUGACACGGGAACCACUUUGACAUAUCUGGUGAAGGAGGCUUAUGAUCCCUUUCUCAAUGCUAUAACAAACAGCGUGUCACAGUUGGCAACACCGAUAAUUUCUAAUGGAGAACAGUGCUAUUUGGUCUCAACUAGCAUAAGUGAUAUGUUCCCUCCGGUUAGUCUCAAGUUUGCUGGUGGUGCAUCAAUGAUGUUAAGACCUCAGGACUAUUUAUUUCAUUAUGGUUUCUACGAUGGUGCAUCGAUGUGGUGCAUUGGGUUUAUGAAAGCUCCAGAAGAGCAAACUAUUUUAGGAGAUCUUGUCCUUAAAGAUAAAGUCUUUGUGUAUGAUAUUGCUCGGCAACGGAUUGGAUGGGCAAACUAUGAUUGUUCGAUGUCUGUGAAUGUAUCAGUAACUUCGGGAAAGGAUCUAGUAAACUCAGGGCAGACAUGCUUGAACAUUUCAACAAUGGAUAUGCUCUUAAAACUGUUUUCUAGCAUCCUAUUGGCUCUACUUGUCUGUAUUGUCUUCUCCUUGACGUAA